AUGCGGAGACUAAACUUAAGUCCCAAAUGGAUAUCAUUAGUACAAAGCUGUCUUGAACCUUCUAGAGUUUUUGUACUUGUUAAUGGAAGCCCGACCGACGAAUUUUGCAUGGAAUUGGGUAUGCGCCAAGGUGAUCCAAUGGCUCCAUUUCUCUUCUUGAUAGUGGCUGAAGGUUUGAACGCUUUGCUGCGACAAGCAGUAAAUUUAAACCUGUUUUCUGGUUAUCGAUUUGGAAAUUCUGAAGGGGAGAUGGUCUCAAUUUUACAAUACGCUGAUGACACCUUGUUUAUCGGGGAAGCUACACGCCGGAAUGUUUUUACUGUAAAUUCAAUUCUGCGUUGCUUUGAACUUUCCUCCGAUUUGAAGGUAAAUUUCAAUAAAAGCAAAUUGGUGGGAAUCUCUAUGGAGGACCGAGAGCUUCAGGUCAUGGCUAAUAUUCUGAAUUGUCGAAUUUUGGAUCUCCCCUUUAGCUAUUUGGGUCUUCCCGUUGGCGGUAAUCCUAGAAGGAUUUCUUUUUGGGAUCCUGUGAUUGCUAAACUGAAAUGCAGGCUUUCAAAUAGGCGCAGUAAUCUGUCUGAUGCAAGGUCGGGUAGAGCUUCAUCAUGGUGGAAGGACAUUGUUAUUUCCUGUUGUGAUCCUCAUGAUUCGUGGUGGUUUGAUGAGGCCAUUUCACAACAAAUCAGGGCUGGUAAUUCAGUAAGAUUUUGGCAUGACUCUUGGCUAGGUGAUGAUUCUCUUGUGGCCCGGUACAGUAGACUUUUCUUGAUUUCUGCUCAACCGAAUCAUCUGGUUAAUCAAAUGGGAUCUUGGGAGGAUGAACCGAUUGGUUUGGAAUCUGCAUUGGGAGCGCCGCCUUGA